AUGGCCGACCAAGAUGCCAACCAACAAAGCCAUCCCGGCCAUGACGACACCCCCAUGCCAGAUGCAGCGCCUGCCCCCAAUGCCAUGUCCGAUGCUGACAAAAUCCGUGCAAAGCGUCUUGCAAAGCUCGGUGGUCCCCCUCCACAGUCGUCCUCAACCCCGUCCGAAGCCGCCUCGUCCGCUGCUCCCUCGCCCAAGCCUGCACAAUCGCAGCUACCGCCGCCCAAGCCGCAAGCCCAAACCCAAAAUCCUUUCUCACAACUAGGUGUCAAACCCAAUGCGCCUCCCAAGAACACAAUCACCAUCAAGCCCGCACAGUCUUCAAGCGGUGCCUCAGCCCCCUCACCCGCCCCAAAAGCCCAGGAAAUGAGCAUAGAAGCAUGGGAGGAUAGAACUCUUAGCAACAUUUUCCGCAUAACGUUGGACGAGGCACACGCCAGGGAAUCACAUGGGAACAAGCUCUUCUAUGUUGCUGGCGCAAAGAGUGAUCUCGAGGAUGAGGGCCGCCCGCUUCGCUUUACCACCGACAUGCUCGACUCGGUCAUACUGGAGGCGGCAUCCAGCCACGCCCACGGCACUGCAUUAGACUAUCUGCUCGCCUGCUGGAAGCGCGUCACUAGAGUCCUCAAGACCUUGACCAACAAGACCGGCCCCAGGUUUGAUGUUGUCAAGGAAGCCCGAAGACUGUGCUUCAGCUACUGCAUAUUCGCUUUCACUAUGCCAGACAUGUUUGGUGAAGAUGCCCCUGCUGAGAAUGCAAUGGCUGAUCGCCUACUACUUGGUCCUGACGAUGAACGCGGCAUUUGUUACGAAUUUCUUACUGAAGCCAGCCAGCGCAUAGCCGAUGAUGAUUCUAUAAAGGAGGCGCUCGUGGGCGGCAUGGAACACGUGAGCCGCCGUCUUGCUUCGGUCUCAAUGAAUGGUGAUUAUAGACAGCACAUGUUGAUCUUGCGGAUAUUCGUUCGUUUCCCACCACUUGUCGCUGCCCUCGCUCAGUCCGAGACCUUCUUGCCCGCCGACAUUGAGCCCCAGCACAUUGAAACCCACAGCUUCCUUGGCCCCUUUUUCCGUCUGUCUCCUAUGCAGCCCGAAGUGGCUAUGAACUACUUUUCGGGAUCAGCAGCCAUUGACAAAGGCCUUGUUGCAAAUGCUCAGCGGGCGGUCCGCAUGACUCUACAGACCCACCAAGAGGAGUUAUUCGACAUCACAAACACCUUUAUCAAGAACAGGGAGUCUCGCGAAAAGAUGCUCGAUUGGCUAGCACUCACAGUUAACAAGAACCACAAACGGCGUGCCAUGCAGGUCGACAGGAAGACGGUCUCCUCUGACGGCUUCAUGGUCAAUGUCACAGUCAUUCUCGAUCGCCUUUGCGAGCCUUUCAUGGACGCCACCUUCUCCAAGAUCGAUCGCAUCGAUAUUGACUAUCUGCGGCGCUCACCUCGUGUCGAUAUCCAGGAUGAAACCAAGAUUAACGCUGAUCAAAAAACUUCGGAUGACUUUUACAGCACCAAAGCUUCGGGCACCAACAACUUCAUCAGCGAAGUCUUCUUCCUGACUGUGGCAGCACACCACUACGGUCUCGAAGCGGCAAACUCCAAACUAAGCUCCCUGCAAAAAGAUGUCAAAUGGCUGGAGAAGGAGCUGGCUAAACUGGAACCCGAACGACCAAAGUACAUGACAAACCCCGCGCAGCUUGCCCUCUUUGACAAUCACAUCAAGAAGGUCAAGGAGCAGAUUGAGCGGGGCAAAUGCAGCAUACUGGCUAUCCAGGGUGUUUUGCUUGAUGAGACCACACAAGCUCGGUCGAUGCAACUGAUGCGUUAUGUCAUUGUCUGGCUGCUACGACUUGCUAAUCCUGGGACAUCAUUUCCCAAGACGGAACUACAGCUGCCUCUUCCCAAGGACCAGCCAGUACAAUUCAAGUGCCUCCCAGAGUACUUUGUCGAGGACAUUGUUGGAAACUUCAAGUUCAUCACCCGCUACAUGCCUCAUAUCAUCACAACCACCCAAUGCGAGGAGCUUGUCAAGAUUUGCAUUGCCUUUUUGCGCAGUUCCGAAUACAUCAAGAAUCCGUACCUGAAGUCCGGACUCGUUACCAUUCUAUUCCAUGGAGUAUGGCCAAUUCCGGGGAGAUCAAAGGGCGUACUAGGAGACACGCUGUUUGCGCACGAUUUCGCUAUGAAGCACCUGUUGCAUGCGCUUAUGAAGUUCUACAUUGAGUGCGAAAGCACCGGGACCCACACACAAUUCUUUGACAAAUUUAAUAUCCGAUACGAGAUUUUUCAGGUUAUCAAGUGCAUCUGGCCCAAUCCCAUUUAUCGUGAGCAUCUCGCCACGGAAGCCCGCGUCAACUUGGACUUCUUCGUCCAAUUUGUCAACUUGCUUCUCAAUGACGUCACAUUCGUCUUGGACGAAUCAUUCAGCGCCUUCAAGGAGAUUCACGAUCUCUCAAAAGAGUUGAAGAAUGCGCCAGCCGACAUGGAUCAGACAGCGCGUCAAGAACAGGAGGAGAAGCUGUCGUCUGCACAAGGCAAGGCCAAGAGCUACAUGCAACUCACUAACGAGACUGUUGCCAUGUUGAAGCUCUUUACCGAGACGCUGGCAGAUUCGUUUACCAAGAAGGAAAUCGUCGUGCGACUGGCACACAUGCUGGACUACAACUUGGAGGCUCUUGUAGGUCCCAAGAAGUCCCAGCUCAAGGUUGAAAACCCCGAGGAAUACGGGUGGAACCCGCGCAACAUGCUUGCAGAGCUCACUGAUGUCUAUCUCAAUCUACAGGGUAAACAGUCCUUCGUCGAUGCCGUUGCCACAGACGGACGGUCCUACCGCCCAGAGUAUUGGGAUGAAGCCUACAAGAUCCUACAGCGCUUCAAGCUCAAGUCGCCCGAGCAAAUGGAGCAGUGGCAGAAAAUGGCCACCGAUAUUAAGGCAGCCAAGGACCAGGCUGACAUGGUUGAGGCUGACCUCGGCGAUAUCCCCGAAAACUACGAGGAUCCCCUGAUGGCAUCGCUCAUGGAGGACCCUGUCAUCCUACCGAUCAGCAAACAGGUGGUCGAUCGCAGCACCAUCCAGUCUCAUCUUCUCAGCGACCCGCAUGACCCUUUCAAUCGUACACCACUCAAGAUUGAGGACGUGAUUCCAAAUGAUGCUCUUCGCGAGGAGAUUCAGGCCUGGAAGCAGAAUCGCCUCGCCCAAAAGAUGGCGGAGCGCAAUGCCGGCGCAGCUGCAUCAGCAAGUGAAGCUAUGGAUACUUCGUAG